GUCGCGCCAUGGGAACAGCCACGGAGUGACGGCUCUGGCGGCGUAGUUGUCGUCAUUUGGUGUCGAGUGAGACUUGUGAGUAGUGUGUACGUGGUGGACUUACUAACAACAUGGCUAAAUUAUUCGCCUUCGCUUUUGCGCUUCUAUUCGCGUGUGGGUCAGUCAUUGGCCAAGAGGACACUACCUUGGAACCGGACACCACCUUAGCCCCAACAACAGUACCUCCCACAACAGAAGCGCCAACAGAACCACCUGCAACGACAACUGUUCCACCAGAGCCAGAAACUACCACUGCUCCAGAAACCACAGUUACACCAGAGCCUGAAACCACAACUGCAGCUCCUGUUCCAGACACUACCACUGCACCUGCCCCUGUUACCACACCUGCACCCGAACCCAACUACAAUUACAAUAUUACAGAAAACAAUGUGACAUGCAUCAUGAUUGAAGGGGCUGUCACCUUCUUUGUGAAUUAUACAACUGUUAAUAAUGAGACGAAGACUGCAACAGUAGUACUACCAAAGCAUCCUAAAGCUGACUCUGUAAUCACUGGCACCUGUAAUGGUACAGAUGGCCAGGAGGAAAUUGACGUUACCUGGGGUUCUGCUGGGCAGUCUUCCAGUGUGAAAGUAGAAUUUGGCAUAAAGGGUGACUCCUGGUCUGUUUCAAGCUUUGUUGCAAAUUUGUUCAUGGAUCCUGUGACCUUUGCUAAUGGAACAGAUGCCGGAAAGACACUAUCUUUGGUGGUUGAUUACGGCUUUAGUCCCUUGAGUGUUCCCGUGAAUCAUAGCUUCAACUGUCAUUCUUCCUUGAGUGCCGUUAACAUCACUGCAACGAUUGGCGAUGCACCCUACACUCAACGUGUUUCCUCAAAACUGGAGGGUAUUCACAUUCAGGCUUUCAACAUGGUCCCCUAUGAACCUGACUUCGUUUCAUCUGUUCACUGCUCAGCAGAUGAGAUCUCGGAUGUAGUACCUAUUGCAGUUGGAUGCGCAUUGGCAGCUCUUGUAGUAAUAGUACUCAUUGCAUAUUUGGUUGGACGUCGUCGGCGUAGUGCUGCAUACCAGUCUGUUUAAGUUAGUGUCAGUGAUUGAGAGGAAAGUAAAUUGGUUAAUUUUAUUUUUUAAUCUGUGAUAAAAGUAUUAGGAGCUAAAUAGUUACUCAUUGGGUAUAUUUGCGAACUACAGCAGUAGAAAAUUUACUCGUGGGUAUAUUGUUAUCUAGCAGUUGAAGUUCAUUCCUGUUUAUUUGAAAUGAAAGCUCAGGUUGUGGUUAUGUCAACAGAAUUAGUAUUCUGGUCUCCCUUCUGGAUUUAAUAUUUAGGUUAUUUGCUGGUUUGGUCCCGAAUAGUUUACAAAGGGAAACCAAAUUCUAAUCUAUGUAGGGGUAGAUUAAAGACUUCAAGUGACUGAAGUCUAGCUGUUAGAUCUGACAGGAAGCUAUUUUGCUCCGUGCCAAUUUUCCUACUUUGAAACUAGGAUUUUUACAUAAUUUCUUCAGGAGGCUCUUCUGUUCAGUUCAGUAAGUAAUUUUUAGGGAUUUGUUAAAUUUAAAUUUUUAAUUGCAGAAUUAAAUUACAUUAAAAUUAAUAAAUAUUAGGGAGCAGAUUAAUUUAACUAAUAGGGAAACUUACUGGCUUAAUACAAAGUGGGAGAGAGAGAUUCCCAAUUCUGAUUUUAUGUUCAGGAGGGGAAGGAGAGUUAUCUUAAUUAUUGAUGAAAGUUUUAAGUGUUCUUAUUGUGUUCAUUGAGAAGUAUUUUAAGUUAUUACUAGCAAGGGGACAAAGUGACUGUGCUGGUAAAUGGUGAGAAAAAUUGCGGGUAAGGAGAAUGUUAAGAAUUGGGAGUUUGAAGUUAUCUGGGAAGUUCUAAAAUUGUUGAUAAAUUAUGAAUUAUGAAUAAGUAUAUUGAAGACAUUCCAGUUGAAAAGAUAGUAAUACUAAUGCUGCGUAGACUUGUAAUUACUAUGCAGCUAUUUAGUAACGCUUUUUAAUGGUUAAAAAUUUAAAG